AUGGAGGGUGUGAUAAAGUCAAUCCAAGGUCUAUCCACCAGUCCCGGCGACUUAUCUUCACUCCACCGUCUUCUGAAAGGAGCCGAGGAGACGCUCCGAAGCGAAUCGGAUCUCCAAAUCUGUACUCUUGACCAGCUCGACGCUUCCAAGCAUUCUCUCGGUUACCUCUAUCUCCUCGAUGUUCUCACGUGUGGUCCAAUGUCGAAGGAGCAAGUUCUGUUAAUUGCUCGGUUCAUCAAUUCUUGCGAUGCUGAGCAGAUUCGUUUAGCCAGCGACAAAUGUAACCACUCACUUUUCUUUCAUACUCCUCCAUCGCAGGGUGCUCGCGUUUGUCUUUUCUGA